ACAAGUAGUGUCUACUCUAUAAAAGCUGUCAGUCCAGCGGGCGGACUAAUAUUCCUAACUCUAUCUUUUCGUCGGCAUCUUUUCGUCGCCUUGCCAGUCUGGAGGAAACCAGAACGAUGAGGACUACCGCUUUUCUCCUGGCGUCUCUUCUGGUCUUGCUGCACACCAUUCUUCCCAGUACGGUAGACAGUCUGGCGCUUGGAGGGCGAGAGGCACAGCACAGGCAAGACUGUGGAGGCAGGAGAAUACGAAGCAGGGUACCGGUGGGUCUCAAGCGUGCCUGGCCGGACCGAAGAGGUGGACUGAAUAGCGACGACAUUUUCUGGGAAGACACCUUACCGAACAGCAUUGAGCGACGCCAACCGUCCACGGAGAUAGACGACGAGGAGGUGGUGGACUCUGCCGAUCCCGACCGGGUCCAGUACAACCCCAACGCCUGGUCACGCUUCGGCAGGUCCAUGUGUCCGUGAGAAAGUAUCAAUGACAUGCAGGCGUCACAAGCCCCAGUAACUGUUUUCUACGAUUUUCUUUGGAUGAGAGUCUGACUGUCUGAACCAAAGUUGCGGAAAUGAUCACUAAAAAAAAAAAUUAAUUCAAAACGGACAUGUUCAAGUAGCGUGUUGAGCUCGCUGGUAACUGAGGCUGACACAUGGAUCAUGUUAUUACAUCAGUUUGGUCUGGAAUCAACCAACGUAUUUUACUAAUAGAUGACCUUGAGAUUUGUAUCAUAUGUGUACCAUGUCAUAUGUUGGAGGGGCUGGUACCCAAAAUUGGUUACAAAUACCAAGACCUUAUAGUAUCUUUGCUAUAGACCUGUUCGAAAGAAAGUCAGCUUAUCAAAAGGGAACAUGCAAUUAGUUUUGGAGAUGAAUAAAAAUGAUAUAGAGAA